AUGUUGCUCUCUCCUUCUACCUCGCCGUCUCCGGCGGACUCUCCGCCUGCCACGUCAUCACCUCCCCUUCCCCCGCCGUUUAUAUCUCCUCCGCCGUUGGCUCCACCACCGUCUCUCUUAGCUCCCACCGCUUCCCCACCGCCUCCACCUCCGGUGGAAUCUCCACCUUCUCUUCCGUUGGAAGCUCCUCCGGCAUCAGCCCCUUCCGGUUCACCGCCAUUGCCUUUCCUUCCCUCCAAACCAUCUCCGCCGCCUUCUUCACUUCCCUCCGAGUCACCACCGCCACCGGAAAAUCCGAUUUCUCCACCACCAUCUUCACUUCCCUCCGAGACACUACCGCCACCGGGUAAAACGAUUCCUCCGCCGCCUCCUUCACUUCCAUCCAAUUCACUCCCGCCGUUGAAUACGGCUUCCCCUCCGCCGCCGUCUCCUCCUCGCCGCCGUGGUCCUAAGCCUUCAUUCCCUCCUCCCAUCAGUUCCUCUCCACCAAAGGCUUCUCCGACCACGCCGUCUUCACCAGUAAAUUCUCCUCCACCUAAACCACCGCUCUCAGCGACGCCAUUUCCCACUUCAUCCACCUCUCCGCCGAAGAACUCGCCGGCAUCAACUCUUCCUUUCUUUGGGCCGGUGGGCCCACAACCGGAUAAGCCAGAUGGGACAGUAGCACCACCUAUUGGGCCCGUUAUAGAGCCCACAACGAGUCCCGGCGAAUCAAUCUCCCCGGGAACGCCACAGCCACUGGUACCCAAGAGUCUUCCUGAGACGACGUCGUAUCACCGAUCUUCCGCCGGAUUCUUAUUCGGCGGCGUAAUCGUUGGAGCUCUUCUGCUUGUUCUGCUAGGUCUUCUCUUUGUCUUUUACAGAGCUACAAGAAACAGAAAUAACAGCUCUCGUCAACAUCAAUCAAAAUCUCCAUCGAAAGUUCAACAUCAUGGACGCAGUAAUGUCGAACCAAACCAGGAGAAUGUUAUCACGAUACCACCUCAAGUCCAUGCUACACCACCAAAAUAUUCAUCGAGCGUAAGCAACGGUACAAAGGAGAAGAAUGCUGUUGCGAUGAACAACAUUACGAUGUCAUCUGGAAUGUUCACAUACGAAGAACUGUUAGAGGCAACGUGUGGAUUUUCAGAGGCAAACCUUUUGGGAGAAGGUGGAUUCGGUUACGUUCACAAGGGAGUGCUGAAAAACGGGAGAGAAGUUGCGGUGAAGCAGCUCAAGAUCGGGAGCUAUCAAGGGGAAAGAGAAUUCCAAGCUGAAGUUGACACAAUCAGUAGAGUUCAUCAUAAACACCUCGUUUCCUUGGUCGGUUAUUGCAUUAACGGAGACAAAAGACUCUUGAUUUACGAAUUUGUUCCUAAGGAUACAUUGGAGUUCCACUUGCAUGGGAACAGAGGAAGUGUGUUGGAGUGGGAAAUGAGGCUCAGGAUUGCUGUAGGAGCAGCAAAAGGAUUAGCAUACCUUCAUGAGGAUUGCAGUCCAACUAUAAUCCACCGUGAUAUCAAAGCAGCUAAUAUCCUUCUAGAUUCCAAAUAUGAGGCAAAGGUCUCUGACUUUGGACUAGCCAAGUUCUUUUCAGACACCAAUUCGUCAGUCACUCAUAUCUCUACUCGAGUGGUAGGAACUUUCGGAUACAUGGCUCCAGAGUACGCGUCUAGUGGUAAAGUAACUGAUAAAUCAGAUGUAUAUUCCUAUGGGGUCGUGCUUCUAGAACUCAUCACCGGACGUCCAUCAAUCUUCCCCAGAGAUCCUACCACAAACCAGAGUUUAGUUGACUGGGCAAGGCCAUUGCUUGCGAAAGCGAUAUCUGGAGAAAGUUUUGAGCUUGUUGUAGACCCGAGGUUGGAGAAGAAUUACGAUACAACUCAAAUGGCAAACAUGGCCGCUUGUGCUGCUGCUUGCAUACGCCAAUCAUCUUGGCUUCGGCCCCGAAUGAGCCAGGUGAUCCGUGCUCUUGAAGGCGAGGUGGCACUUAGAAAUGUCGAAGAGACGUAUAGCUCUUCUGAAAACCCGAAUGGCAUCCCUCUACGGUAUGGAACAAGUAAGAGGAGAUUCAACACGGAUUCAAGCGAUGACUACACUUCAGAGUAUGGGAUCAAUCCUUCUCAGUCGAGCAGUGAGCAUUAGUCUACCAAGUUCUAUGGGGUAAUAAGUUUCGCCACAACCAUUGGGCCUAUAGGAUGCAGUCAUCUUGGGUUGGCUAAAAAUAGCCUUCCUCAUUCAUUUUGUAGCUAUUGAUUAACACCUGUGAAGGGUUCUGGAAAACACAGCUUGUGUUCUCGUGAAUUUUAAAAUUUGGGGAUAUCUUUUGUAUAAAUAUGCUGUAACCUAUGGGUACGAAUCAUUAUUAUGAUUGUGGAAACAGAUAAUGAAUUACUCGAGUAAAUGAAUAGCAA